AUGCCCGCUGGUUCACUAUCGACCUUGGCUUGUCCUCCCCCGCUCCCGCCUUUUCCCGUUGAUCUCAAUCAUUUCGCGUACUUGAUGAUGCAAGAUUGUCUCUGGGAGGUGGAAAGGCGUCCCGCAUCGAUCAGGGCGGGCCUUGCUUUUGGGAACUUGGCGCGUAAGGAGAAAUCUGAGGAGAGACCUGAAGAUCCCGAGUCUCUCGUCAACUCCAGUGAACCACAGCCUUUAGUCAGGCGGAGUUCCGACCCCUACAUCGGUUACAAACUACUCUACUCCAACCCCUGGACGAAAAUUGUCGGGCUGGAUGAUUUUGGGUCGUUCGUUACCCCAAAAAACGAUGAAUUGAUCGAAACGUCUUCAUUGGCAGUCUCAACUUGGGAUACAACUGUUCGCCCCUCGGAUGUACUUGCGGACACCACCAAUUACACUGAUCCAUCGUCUGUACACAACCUGGGCCACUCUCAAGCGUUCUUUCCUGCUUCAUUGCCAGCUUCGACCUUGAAACCGGCCACUCUUUUCGAGCACCCUCGGUCGGCUGAUGUUGCCACAACUCAAAACGUCUCUGCGACGACCGCUGGCCGCGGAGAGAAUCCUUCGCUCCCUCCAGUCAAUGCCUAUUUUUGGGCCCAGCACGUUAAAUCUCCGAUUUCUAUUGUCUCACAACCGAUUUUGGUCACUCUCCGUCCUCAAGAAGGUCAAUCCGGUCUUGUCGUCGUUCCGUCGUCCAACCCCUCUUUGUUGGAGCAGCUCGGCUCCGGCCGCAACAUCGGGCUAUACAUAGUUAGCCAAAGUUUGUGGAAGGUUAAGGAUCCAACCGAUCCGAUUCAAGUACGAGAAGGAAGCCUCCUCCUAUGCGAUCCCCGCAUUAUACAUUACAUGCCGAGGGACCUCAGUCAACUUUUGGCCAAUUUACGCCUCAACCCACGAGCAUUUGCGCCAGGGCCCGCAUGGACGACCCCUUCGGAAAUCCCUCCAGACCUGGAGAUCACGAGCGUGUAUGAGAGCUCCCAUUUCCGUCGCAAGAUUCCACCCUAUCAAAGUUUGGAGAUAUCUCCUACAGGUUCUAUGAUGGACCUUGACUAG